GAUGGCAGCCGGGGGUCCCAGCCGCUCGGAGCGCAAGGCGGCGGAGCGGGUCCGGAGGCUGAGGGAGGAGCAGCAGCGGGAGCGCCUCCGCCAGGUGUCGCGCAUCCUGAGGAAGGCGGCGGCCGAGCGCAGCGCCGAGGAGGGCCGGCUCCUGGCCGAGAGCGAGGACCUGGUGACCGAGCUGCAGGGUCGGAGCAGGCGGCGCGAGGGCCUGAAGCGGCGGCAGGAGGAGGUGUGCGACGACCCGGAGGAGCUGCGGAGGAAAGUCCGGGAGCUGGCCGGCGCCGUGCGGAACGCCAAGUACCUGGUGGUCUACACCGGCGCGGGCAUCAGCACGGCAGCCUCUAUCCCAGAUUACCGGGGCCCUAAUGGAGUGUGGACUCUGCUUCAGAAAGGGAGAAGUGUUAGGGCCGCUGACCUGAGUGAGGCCGAGCCGACCCUCACCCACAUGAGCAUCGCCCGCUUACACGAGCAAAAGCUGGUGCAGCACGUGGUGUCUCAGAACUGUGACGGGCUCCACCUGCGGAGCGGGCUGCCCCGCACGGCCAUCUCGGAGCUCCACGGGAACAUGUACAUCGAAGUGUGCACGGCCUGCACCCCCAACAGAGAGUACGUGAGAGUGUUCGAUGUGACCGAGCGCACCGCCCUGCACCGGCACCAGACGGGCCGGGCCUGCCACAAGUGCGGGGCCCAGCUCCGGGACACCAUCGUGCACUUCGGGGAGAGGGGGACCCUGGGGCAGCCUCUGAACUGGGAGGCAGCCACUCAGGCAGCCAGCAAAGCAGAUACAAUCCUAUGUUUAGGCUCCAGCUUAAAGGUCUUGAAGAAGUAUCCUCGUCUCUGGUGUAUGACCAAGCCCCCCAGCCGGCGGCCCAAGCUCUACAUCGUGAACUUGCAGUGGACCCCGAAGGAUGACUGGGCUGCCCUGAAGCUUCACGGAAAGUGUGACGAUGUCAUGCAGCUCCUCAUGGAUGAGCUGGGCCUGGAGAUCCCCCCCUAUAGCAGGGUCUUAUAGGGGAAAUCAAUAACUUCUUUUAAUCAAAGGGUUCAAGAAUUAAGGAUCCCUUCACCUUCUGGGCCUGGCAAUUCUUGUAUGUUAUGUUUGUGGUGUUCUGUAAUGUGGGCCUAUUGUGUACUGUACUCUUCUUUUUUUUUUACAUUAACUUAGCUCAUUUUCUUUAUCAGUGCUUAUCUGUAUCUUAAGUUUAUAAUAUGUGGUUCUACAUCUCAGUCAGACACAUGAUCUCUUCAUGGUGUAGUCCGUAGGCCACACCUCCCUAGUCAGCUGGCCUUUCCCCCCCCACAUCCCGCAGUCUGGGAAGAGGGAGAGGGUCUGGUCCACCCGCCCCGGCCAUACAAGUGAAAAGUGGGACCCAGAGCUGCUAGUGAUUCAUCCCUCUUGGGGCUGCUCCUGCCGCACCCUGGUGUGCUGGGCCUGCUGGGUGGCCCGCAAGGACACUGAGUUCCGCAGAGGCUGAGCUACUGUGAGUGCUGACCUCUGAGUUACUGGGGAACUUAAGGCGUUCUGUAGCUCCAGAACAGUGGAGCUGCCACCAAGCAAAGCCUGGCCACAGUUAGGACGGGAAGGGAAGCAGGGCGACCUCCUCAGUCAGCUUUCCCGCCCUGGGGCAGGUUGUGACUGAGGCUCCCAGGCUCACCUGACCUAGCUUUC